ACGAAUAGUACGCGGGAAAUCACUGAAGUCUUCAGCUGGACUGCAGACGAGGGCUGUGUUUGAUCAAACAAAAUGAAGGUGGUUACGUGUGAGAUUGCAUGGCACAACAAGGAGCCAGUCUACAGUAUGGACUUCCAGCACAGCUCUGAUGGACGCUUCCAUCGACUGGCCACAGCUGGGGUGGACACCACAGUCAGACUAUGGCGAGUAGAAAUGGGCUCAGAUGGGAAGGCAGCAGUGGAGUUUCUGUCUAAUCUGGCCAGACACACCAAGGCUGUCAACGUAGUGCGCUUUAGCCCUAAUGGAGAGCUGCUUGCAUCAGGAGGAGAUGAUUCUGCGAUUCUCCUGUGGAAGCUCAAUGACUGUAAGGAACCUGAGCAGGCACCUGUGUUUCAGGAGGAUGAAGAUGCUCAGCUCAACAAGGAGAGCUGGUCUGUGAUUAAGACACUAAGGGGACACAUAGAGGAUGUAUAUGACAUCUGCUGGACAGGAGAUGGAAACUUCAUGGUGUCUGGCUCUGUCGACAACACAGCUAUUAUGUGGGACAUCAACAAAGGACAGAAGCUGUGCAUCUUGAAUGAUCAUAAGAGUUAUGUGCAGGGAGUGACGUGGGAUCCUCUAGGACAAUACGUCGCCACUCUCAGCUGUGACAGGACGAUGCGUGUUUACAACACUCACACCAAGAAGAAAGCUUUCUGUAUCAGUAAAAUGAGCUCUGGGCCACUUGCUGAAGGAGAGGCCAAGCAGUACCGAAUCUUCCACGAUGACAGCAUGAGGUCGUUUUUCAGACGUCUAUCAUUCACACCUGAUGGGUCUUUCCUGAUCGCCCCAGCUGGAUGUGUGGAGAUUGGAGAAAAUAUCAUCAAUACCACCUACAUCUUUUCCAGGAAGAGCCUCAAGAGGCCCAUCGCCCACUUGCCAUCUCCAUCUAAAGCUACACUGGCUGUGCGCUGCUGCCCAGUCUACUUUGAACUAAGAACAAAGAAGGGAGAAGAUGGUUCGGUUGAGACGCUUCCCAACUUAUUCGAGUUGCCUUACCGUAUGGUGUUUGCUGUGGCUUCAGAGGACGCCAUCUUUUUGUAUGACACCCAGCAGACCAUUCCUUUCGGCCUGGUGUCCAACAUCCACUACCACACACUAAGUGAUCUUACAUGGUCUCGUGAUGGUUCCUUCCUGGCUGUGUCCUCCACAGACGGCUACUGUUCCUUCCUGUCCUUUUUUCCUGGGGAGCUGGGCACUCCUCUGAAAGAGCCCCCCACACUGGAGAUGUUUGUCCCGAACAGUGGUGCUGAGAAAAAGAGCAAGAAGUCCUCAGCGGGCAGGACAUCGUCUCCUGGGUCCCAGCCAUCAAGCUCGGCCCCGACUCCCACAUCCCAAACUAGCAAAGACACCCCCUCUUUCACCCCCCCAGAGGAGAAGAAGAGCACGCCCAGCACCAAGUGUAAACCUCAGCCCCGGAGGAUCACUCUCAACACUCUGGAAGGUUGGGGGAAGCCAACCAGCCCUAAAACCACGGCUCCUGCUGCACCUCAGACCCCAACAGCUGCAUGCACAAGUGCUCCAUCGACUCCUCAACCACACAUUGCCCCGCUGACUCCCACCAGCUCCUCCAAAACCCAACAACGCAUCACCCCUCUCACUCCCUCCACCCCUAAAGUCCAAAAUAGCGCUAAUACUCCUGUGCCCACUACUCCCAAAGGCAUAACCACCCCAAAAGGACCCACCCCAAGGAGAGUAUCUUUGACUACAGUUGCCCUCCGGUCCCCAGCUGUGAGUUCACUCUUCAGCACUCCCUCCUCCACUGAGAAGGCCAAACAUGAACGUCCUUCUCCACCCACUGAUCCAGUCUGCCAGCCUCCAGAGUCCAAAAGGCCAAAGACCAGUGACCCGCCCACAACGUCCAGUGACACGAAGCCGUAGCGUUCAUUGGGAGCAGUUGAAAACAACCACCGAGGCUCCCUGUGGAUCUAAUCCCAUAGAGCCAUUGUGUAUAGGUUGAGGUGUAUAUGUGUCUGUACCUGAUCUAAAAAGAUAAAGCUUUCACCUCACUUAAUGUACUGUUUUAAAACAAAUGUCACAGCAGUACAAUUUUGUUGUUGCUCAUGUUCUGUAUAGCACCGUAUACAGGUGAUAAAUAACUGUUUUAUGUUUUAUAUUUCGAUACUUAAAUGAAUUUGUAAAGAGGAAAACUUUCUCACUUUGUGUUAAACAUUUGCGUUUAAUUCACAACAAACUUUGUGUUUGUUGUGAAUUGGUGAAAUUAAAACUGCACUCCCAACCUGAAGAAUGAAAAAAAACAUGUUCCUCAAGGUUUGGUGCCUGUAUUUAGUACCGAGUCAUUUUUCUGAAGAUGUGACCUGCAAUUUAAGUGAAAAGCUCAGAAUUGCUGAGCAUUUAAGGCUCAUUUUCUUACUGUUUAAUAAAAUGUGAAAAAAACAUGUA